AUGCCUGGUGUUGGGACUGAUGAACAACUUCAGAAAGUUCGCAAUUUAAUGCAACCAAGCAUGAAACAAUUACAAGAAGCUCAAAUGAGAGGUGCUACUAGCAGACCAAGCAUGUCUAGUGAUUCACAAUAUAAUGGAAAUGCUGUGAAGCAGAGAGAAUCUCCACGUCGUGGUUGGCAGUCAGGUGGUGCUCAGAGACCCUUGUCUUCCAUUACAUCUGUAUCUCCUGCAGGAAGCUGCUCUAGUUCUUUCCAAGACCCAGCAAACCCAACAGAUUCAACUACUACAUCUAAAAUAUUUGAGGAUUCAGGAUUAGACACUGGCUGGAGAUUAUCAACUGGAUCGAACAAUAGUAGCAGUUACAGCAGUCCACCUGGAUCUAGCCGACACAGUUUGGUUGAGGAGAGGGACCAAACCACAGACAAUUCAGAGCAAGAAACUGAUUGGUCCAAGCCAUAG